UUUCCUUGAAUACGCCGCUCAAGGCGCGAUCGAAAAGGGAUACUUAUCAAUAGUUACUUUAAAUAAUUCGUCUAAAGCAGGAUGAGCUAAUGAAUGGGCCAAAUCGAACGAGACUCGUCUUAAUAUGUUUAUCAAAGAAAUAUUUUUGUAACAACGCGUUUCUGAAAUAACUUGAUAAAAAUCAUUUUAAUACGAUUAAUACAACCUUAAAAAACAAAAUGGCAACAGACACUAAAACAAGUUCUGUUAAAAAGCCAACUAAGAAAAAACCAAUUUUAAUUAAUAAGCUAGAGCUAUCUAAUGAAACUAUCCACAUGGCACUUUUUAUUCCUCACGAGGAAGCUAUUAUAACAGUAUCUUCUGACAAAACUGUUCGUGUUUGGAUUCAGAGAGAUAAUGGUCAGUUUUGGCCAAGCAUAUGUCAUUAUAUGCAAGAAGUUGGUCUUUGUCUGGACUUCAAUAAGGAAAGUGGGAAAGUUUUUAUUGGUCAAACAAAAGGAAUGAUACAGGAAUAUGAUUUGUCCAACGAUUGUAACAAGCUAGUCUUAAGGCGAAGUUAUUCAGCUCAUACUUCUAAUGUAAACACUGUUUUAUUCACCUUGGACUAUAAUUGGAUACUGAGCUGUGGUAAUGAUAAAUACUUUCAAUGGCAUUGCACAAAAACUGGUAAAAGAUUAGGUGGAUAUGGAGCAAAAUCACAUUGCAAUUGUUUGCAAUUUGACAUAGAAUCAUCAUAUGUUUUUAUGGGUGACGAUUCUGGUGAAAUACAUAUACUAAAACUGAGUACUGAAAAUCUUAAAGUUAUAACUACAUUAAAAGGCCAUUCAGGAAGUGUUCAAUGUAUAUCUUGGGAUAUGGAGAAAAAAUGGUUGUAUUCUGGAAGUUUUGAUGAGUCAAUCAUUAUUUGGGACAUAGGUGGCCAGAAAGGCUCUGCAUAUGAACUGCACGGUCAUACUGAGAAAAUAAGAACAAUGUCGUUAGCAACUCAUGCUCAAAAGCUUUUUACAAUUGCUGAUGAUUGUAAAUUGACAGUGUGGGAUAUGAAGACAGAAAGAGCUGAAACACCUACAUGGUCUCAGAGUGAUAUGUGUGAGAAAUGUGCCACACCCUUUUUUUGGAACUUUAAGCAAAUGUGGGAGGAAAAAGCUGUUGGUGUGAGGCAGCAUCACUGUAGAAAGUGUGGACGUGCUGUGUGUAUGAAAUGCAGCUCUUAUGUGUCAGUGCUUCCUAAUCUAGGAUAUGAGUACGAUGUUCGUGUUUGUGGUGACUGUUAUAAUUCUACUAAAGAUGAAGAAAAAAUUUCAACUACAUGCUUUCAUGAUAUAAAACAUUUGAUUAAGCACAUGAGUGUUGACCUUUCAAAAAAAAGAAUGUUAACAUGUGGAACUGAUGAGCUUGUCAAGAUAUGGGACAUUAAAGAGUUGUUGACAUAAAUGUUUCUUGUCGCAGAUGCUGUGUUUCUUCUAAAAAUCAAUUUCUAAAUUUUUUCUUGUGAAUUUGAUGUAAAUUUUGUUUUUGAAACAUAAAAAUUUUAAAACA